GUAGUUUUCAUUGGCAUGGAGACCCUGAGACGGAGUGCACCUGAGUUUUCAGAUUGGACAUUAAAAACUGAUGUGAAAGAGAUACUUGUGGACAGAAGAGUCAAGGUUCAGACGAUGAAUUACGUGGGGCAGUUGGCCGGCCAGGUGUUUGUGACUGUGAAGGAACUCUACAAGGGGCUGAACCCCGCCACACUGUCAGGAUGCAUCGACAUCAUCGUCAUCCGCCAGCCAAAUGGCAGCCUGCAGUGCUCUCCUUUUCACGUGCGCUUUGGGAAGAUGGGCGUCCUGCGCUCCCGGGAGAAAGUGGUGGACAUAGAAAUCAAUGGAGAGUCUGUGGACCUGCACAUGAAGUUGGGAGACAACGGAGAAGCAUUUUUCGUUCAAGAGACGGACAAUGAUCAGGAAGUCAUCCCCACGUACCUGGCCACGUCCCCCAUCCUGUCGGAAGGAGCAUCUCGCAUGGAGAGCCAGCUGAAAAGGAACUCGGUGGAUAGGAUCAGAUGCUUGGAUUCCUCCACGGCUGCCCAGGGCCUGCCACCCAGUGACACCCCAUCCACUGGAUCCCUGGGGAAGAAGAGAAGGAAACGGAGGAGGAAGUCUCAGCUGGACAAUCUGAAACGAGACGACAGUGUAAACACAUCUGAGGAUGAGGACAUGUUUCCCAUAGAGAUGAGCUCUGACGAGGACACGGCACCAAUGGAUGGGGGCAGAACCCUUCCUAAUGAUGUACCACCAUUCCAAGAUGAUAUUCCUAAGGAAAAUCUCACCUCAAUUCCACCGUAUCCCCAAUCAGCAUCAUACCCCAAUUCAGACAGAGAAUGGUCCCCCAGCCCCAGAAGCCUGGUAGAUUGCCAGAGGAUUCCCCCUCACCUUGCAGUAGUGGCCGAGGGAGUUCUUUCUAGCUCUUGCCCUCCACAGUCUUCCCACUUCCUCCAUGCUUCGGAAAGUCCCUCAGGCUCCCGUCCCUCCACACCCAAGAGUGAUUCUGAGUUGGUCAGUAAGUCUUCGGACAGGUCAACACCAAAGAAUAAUCUGGAAAUGCUCUGGCUUUGGGGUGAAUUGCCGCAGGCUGCCAAGUCUUCUAUCCCACACAAGAUGAAGGACUCCAGCCCCUUAGGGAACAGGAAGAUCCCCGAUAAAAUUCAUUUUCAGGCCAUUCACAGUGAGUCUUCAGACACUUUUAGUGACCAGUCACCAACCCUGGCCCAGGGGCCACUGGUGGACCAGAGCAAGGCUCAGAUAGAGAUGCAGUUUGUGAACGAGGAGGACCUCGAGGCCUUAGGAGCUGCGGCCCCACCUUUACCUGAGGCAGAAGAGCUCAAGCCCCCAGCUGCCAGCACAGCACAGACAACAAGCAAGACAGAUUCCCCUUCCAGGAAGAAAGAUAAACGAAGUCGACACCUCGGAGCUGAUGGCGUUUAUCUGGAUGACCUCACAGACAUGGACCCUGAAGUGGCAGCCCUGUACUUCCCCAAGAAUGGAGAUCCUGCUGGACUCCCCAAACAAGCCUGUGACAUCGGAGCCAGGUCAGCCAACCAGUCCCCACAGUCCGUGGGCAGUUCGGGCAUCGACAGUGGUGUGGAGAGCACCUCGGAUGGCCUGAGGGACCUGCCAUCCAUAGCCAUCUCCCUCUGUGGUGGCCUCAGUGACCACAGAGACAUCACCAAAGAUGCAUUUUUGGAACAAGCCGUGUCAUAUCAGCAGUUUGCUGACAACCCCGCCAUCAUCGAUGACCCCAAUCUUGUGGUCAAGAUUGGUAAUAAGUAUUACAACUGGACAACAGCAGCUCCUCUGCUGUUGGCGAUGCAGGCCUUCCAGAAACCUUUGCCAAAGUCUUCCUGCCUCAGUUACCUUCACGUGAUUUUGGACGCCAUUAGGUUUUGCCUUUCUAAAAUUUUCAGUCCACCCACAGCUACUGUGGAAUCCAUCAUGAGAGAUAAGAUGCCCAAAAAGGGAGGAAGAUGGUGGUUUUCCUGGAGGGGAAGAAACGCCACAAUCAAGGAGGAGAGCAAGCCUGAGCAGUGCCUGCCUGGGAAAGGCCACAAUACCGGAGAGCAGCCUGCACAGCUUGGCCUGGCCACCAGAAUAAAGCACGAGUCAUCCUCCAGUGAUGAAGAGCAUGCGGCUGCCAACCCAUCGAGCUCAAGCCACCUCUCUCUCUUGUCGAAUAUCAGCUACAAAAAGACCCUGCGGCUCACGUCUGAGCAGUUGAAAAGCCUGAAGCUGAAGAAUGGCCCCAACGAUGUGGUUUUCAGUGUCACCACACAGUACCAGGGCACCUGUCGCUGUGAAGGCACCAUCUACCUGUGGAACUGGGAUGAUAAAGUCAUCAUCUCAGAUAUCGAUGGGACCAUCACGAGAUCGGAUACUCUUGGUCAUAUUUUGCCCACGCUGGGAAAGGAUUGGACCCACCAGGGCAUUGCAAAGCUAUACCAUAAAGUAAGCCAGAACGGCUACAAGUUUCUCUACUGUUCGGCACGUGCCAUUGGGAUGGCAGACAUGACAAGGGGCUACCUGCACUGGGUCAACGAGAGGGGCACUGUGCUGCCACAGGGACCACUUCUGCUCAGCCCGAGCAGCCUCUUCUCUGCCCUGCACAGAGAAGUGAUUGAAAAGAAGCCAGAAAAGUUCAAAGUCCAGUGUUUGACCGACAUCAAAAACCUGUUUUUCCCGAACACAGAACCCUUCUAUGCUGCUUUUGGGAACCGUCCUGCUGAUGUGUAUUCCUACAAGCAAGUGGGAGUGUCCCUGAACAGGAUCUUUACUGUCAACCCCAAGGGCGAGCUGGUGCAGGAGCACGCCAAGACCAACAUCAGCUCGUAUGUGAGGCUCUGUGAAGUGGUUGACCACGUCUUCCCGUUGCUGAAGAGAAGCCAUUCCUCCGACUUCCCCUGUUCAGACACUUUCAGUAACUUCACAUUUUGGAGAGAGCCGCCGCCACCCUUUGAAAACCAGGACGUACAUUCAGCCUCAGCUUGAUACAACCAAGCAUUAAAGGAUAGGUUGUGGGGACGCUGGAGCUGCUGAGAAGGCUGAUAUACGGGCCAUCUACCUAGGAGAGCAUUUCUUCCAGUACCCGCUUGCCCCGGGGUGACAUUUCUCAGCAUGGAGGGUGGAUGGAGACUGCAUCUCAUCCCAUAGGCUUCAUGAGGAUUGGGUACACUAGUAGUGUGCAAAGCAGUCCUCUGUCUGGUUUAGCAUACACAGUGCUGCUCUCUUUAGCCCUUUCUAGCAAUUAGUGUGUGGUGUGCGUGGUGGACCCCUUACAGAAGGGGGCCGACCACCUGAGAGCUGCCUCAGUCUCAGUGUGGUCCCCACCCCAGGAACUCUGAUGGGCACAGUUUUUGGUGGCUGAAGAGGCACCUUUCUGUGACAGUGACAUCCGUGCCGCCUCCACACAUAGGGAUGGGCUCUUUUCCGAGUCUGAGUGCUCUGAAGGGAACCUGGGCCUCGCUAGGUCCCAGCCCUCGGGCUUUGACUUUAUAGACAGUCCUUUGCAGGAUGGCUGACUUGGUCUCAAUGUAGGUGCUCUGCUGUCUAAUUGCUCUAGUUAAAGAUGGCCCACGUCACUGGUGCAUCUCUCCCCAUCCCUCGUAGCUCAAGGCUGGGCUGUUUAUGCCUUAACACAUCCGAUGCAGGCAUUUGCUUAGAGUGCACUGUCUAGUUCUCUGUAGCUGUGACGCCUUAUGUUAAAAUGAUAGUCCCCAAGGCAGUGUCUCAUGUCUGCUUCCCGCCCGCCAUCAGCAAGGAAGUACCACUAAUGAGGACUGGAGCAGCACCUAGGCCAGGCGAGAGUAAUGCCUUGGAGAGACUGGUUGGUUUUAAGAAUCAUAGUCUCCAGAAGUGUCUUUGCAGUUAUUAUUUAUUACUUUGAUCUCACUGGGCUGCUGUUGUGCAUCCCAGCCAGAUCCUUAGGAUUGCAGCUGUCAUGAGUACAUCAAACAUUAAGUGUGCUAGACAAUCCAAAGAGCCUUAUUCUGUCUGUGUCACACACUGACCUUCUGGUAUUUCCAAACCAUUAAUUUUCCUUAGCUUUUUUUCCAUUCAGUCUAAGGGCAAGGAAAAAAAUAGGAAUUUGAGUGAUGUUCUUUAAGCUGAUAGAGGGUAGUUGUUGAACUGUCUCAGAAAAAUGUGAAAAAAAAAAAGAAGUAUUUUGGUAAGAGAUUUUGCUUUACUUUUGAAAGUUUUAUUUUUUUAAAGUGUUUUCCUCCUGAAAGAUCUUCCUAUUUAAAUGUCAUCAUUUGAGUCAGAAGAGACAAAAGAAAAACAAAACAGAAAAAAAGAAAAAGAAAAAAGAGCGGUAGAAAAGCAGACUGUUAUUCUUUCUGUGAAAGAAAACCUAGCGUCACUGCUGUUGUUGGAUUCCCUUAAGGUAGGAUGUGGUUCACACAGACCACGGGGAUAGACUCGGGGAGCACUCCUGCUGUGGACCAUAGACAGAUGAAGGAAUUCGGACUUGAGUGUGGAGGUUUUCUUCCCGGAGCGAAGGAAGGAAGCAAGCAUUAGUCCUGCCACUGUGAGCUCGUGGCUUGUCUUCUGGUGACCUUCAGAGGCCACGUUAGUCCUGCCACUGCGGUGUUUUGAGUGCAUUUGGAUUGCCGUGGACUGCAGACGAGCUCAUCGGUCUGCAGAGGCUCGUGGGCCUCUCAUGCUUGGGAGAAGCGUUGGAAUCUCCCUUUACCUGCCCUCUGCAGCCCUCUGUUUUCUGAGAGCACACAAUGGCUGGAGCCAGGAUCUAUUUCUAUAACCUGGUCUGCAACACACAGCAGUCCUCCCUUGUGCCUCCACAGCCAGCACACCUGGCUUGGGAAUCUAGUUUUAGAAUACCUUUAACCUCCCCAUCAUUCCACCAUGAAUCAGAGCACACCUUCACCAAACUCUAAGAACUCUGAAAUUCUUCCUGAGCCCGGUCCAGGUUGUGGUGUGAAGAACACCUUCAGGGAGGCCCCCAUGAGCUGAAACAGGCUCACUCACGCUGGCUUACAUGCAUAUGCACUGUAACCCAGUGACCCCCAGGGUCACAAGCUAGAAUACUGUAUAAGUACCACACAUUUCAAAGUUGCUCGGGAAAAUGAGUGACUCACUCAGUGACACGUCGUCAAAUGUUGGUCCCACAUGACGAAGGAGAACUCCCCUUUGGGUCUCAGGUUUGGAUCACUACUUCAGUAUGUUUUAUUUACAACAUUGACUGUGUGUUUGUGAAUGCUGGCACAGUGAUGAAAAUCAAUGUAAUAUUUCAUCGUGUUGUGCUUGAUGUGGAACUAGAAAUGCCUGUAAUAAACAAAAUGGAUGAAAGACUUCUGAAAAU